AUGGGUUUAUUCGAUAAAGUUAAAAACGCUGUUGGUAACAACGAUGGUGGUGACAAUGAUUACGUCAAAAAAGCUGAAGGUUUUGUCGGUGAAGAUAGAGUUAACCAAUUCAAAGAUAAAGUUGGUUCAGAUAACUAUGAAAAAGGUACUGAUGCUAUUAGAAACAAAUUAUCAGGUACUUCAUUAAAUGAUGAUGAUGAUGACAAGAAAAAGAAUAAGAACUCUUCAUCAAACAGAGAUGAUGAUGAUAACAAGAAAUCUUCAUAUGGCUCUUCUUCUUCAAACAGAAAUGAUAAUGAUUCAUAUGGUUCUUCAUCAAACAAAAACUCUAGCUCUUCAUACGGUUCUUCAUCAAACAGAGAUGACGAUGACAACAAAUACGGUUCUUCAUCAAACAAAAACUCAUCAUCUUCAUAUGGUUCAUCCUCAAACAAAGAUGAUGAUAAAUAUGGUUCAUCAUCAAACAAAAACUCAUCUUCAUACGGUUCAUCAGGUAAUGAUUCAUAUGGUUCAUCAAACAAGAACUCUUCAUCAUAUGGUUCUUCAUCAAAUAGAGAUGAUGAAGAUGAUAACAAAUAUAGUUCUUCAUCAAACAAGAACUCUUCAAGCUCAUACGGUUCAUCAAACAAAGACAAAGAUGACAACAAAUCCUCAUCAUACGGUUCAUCAUCAUAUGGUUCUUCAAACAAAGAUAAAGAUGAUAACAAAUCCUCAUCAUAUGGUUCUUCAUCAUAUGGUUCUUCAAACAAAGAUAAAGAUGAUGAUAAAUAUGGUUCAUCAUCAAACAAAAACUCAUCAUCAUCAUAUGGUUCAUCUUCUAACAGAGAUGAUGAUAAAUAUGGCUCAUCAUCUAACAAGAACUCUAGCUCUUACGGUUCAUCAAACAAUGAUUCAUAUGGUUCUUCAUCAAACAAGAAUGAUAAUGAUUCAUAUGGUUCUUCAAACAAAAACUCAAGCUCAUAUGGUUCAUCAUCAAACAAUGAUUCAUACGGAUCAUCAGACAAAAACUCUAGCUCAUAUGGUUCUUCAGGUAAUGACUCUUAUGGAUCAUCAAACAAAAACUCUUCAUCAUAUGGUUCUUCAGGUAAUGACUCUUAUGGCUCUUCAAACAAAAACUCAUCAUCAUACGGUUCAUCAAACAAUGACUCUUACGGCUCAUCAAACAAUGACUCUUAUGGAUCAUCAAACAAAAACUCAUCAUAUGGUUCAGGUUCCGGUUCAGGUUCAGGUUCAGGUUCUUAUGGUUCUUCAAACAAUGAUUCAUAUGGUUCUUCAAGAAAUAACAAUGAUUCAUAUGGUUCUUCAAACAAUGAUUCUUAUGGUUCAUCAAGAAAUGAUAGAUAUUAA